AUGCCUACUUCAUUUCUUUACACUAAGGCUUUAUUUUUCAACUUCCUGCAGGCAGGGUAUGUAGGAGAAGAUGUAGAAUCUAUAUUGUACAAGUUACUUACGGUGGCAGAUUUUAAUGUGCAAGCAGCACAACAAGGGAUGGUGUACAUUGAUGAAGUUGAUAAGAUCACUAAGAAGGCUGAGAGCCUUAACAUCAGUAGAGAUGUAUCAGGCGAAGGUGUUCAGCAGGCUUUGUUGAAAAUGCUCGAAGGCACGAUAGUCAAUGUCCCUGAGAAAGGAGCAAGGAAGCAUCCUCGUGGCGAUAAUAUACAGAUAGAUACGAAGGAUAUUCUGUUUAUAUGUGGGGGUGCUUUUAUUGACUUGGAGAAAACUAUAUCAGAGAGGCGGCAGGAUUCUUCUAUUGGAUUUGGGGCACCUGUCCGUGCAAGCAUGAGGACUAGUGGUAUUUCAAGUGCUCAAGUGACAUCGUCCUUGUUAGAAUCAGUUGAGAGCAGUGAUCUUAUAGCAUAUGGACUCAUUCCGGAGUUCAUUGGACGUUUUCCUAUCCUUGUCAGCUUGGCAGCACUAAAUGAGGACCAACUUGUUCAGGUUCUCACCGAGCCAAAGAAUGCUCUAGGUAAACAAUUCAAGAAGUUGUUCAGCAUGAAUAAUGUUAAGCUUCACUUCACGGAUGCUGCACUAAGAAUAAUUGCCCAGAAGGCAAUGUGCAAAAAUACAGGUGCACGGGGCUUAAGGACUAUCCUUGAGAAUAUUCUCAUGGAUUCCAUGUAUGAGAUUCCAGAUACAAAAUCUGGAGAGAAGCGAAUUGACGCAGUGGUUGUAGAUGAAGGUGCAGUAGGAUUGGUGGACCGACCUGGCUGUGGAGCUAAGAUCCUUUACGGCGAUGGUGCAUUUGAUCGUUAUCUAUCCCAGAUAAAGGCAAUGGGAGACGGAGCAGGAAGCGAAGUGGAUGGGGAUCCUGACCUUUCUUCGUCAAGAGCCAUGAGCAUGUGA